UUAUUUUUUUGGAAAACCUUAGAAGCUUUUGAAGCCAAAAAACAAAAGUGUACAUUAUUUGAAAAUGUUAGAAAACGUGUAUAUCUCAUACCUACAUCUACUACCCGACAGUUAACCAUCUUAACAAAAAAAAUGGAAUACAAAAAACAAUAAUAGCCAUACAAAUACUAACCGUGCUUGACGCUGUUUAGCUCCGACGAUGGGAUGAAAGAUUGAGAAGCGACGAUUUCACUGACAUUAUACUUGUGUUAAAUAGUUCGUUCGCGAACGCCCCCAGCCAAAACACAAGUAAACUUUAAUUUCUACAUAUGUGGUUUCAUUUGGCCAUGAGAAUAUGGAGUUUGCCAACACAUUUUUUAUUUCAUAUAUCACUCUACUAGUAAAGCAUACGUAAUAUGGCCGAAUAGAAUCCAACAUUUUUGUUAGAAAGGAUGAGUGAGCUGGUAGCUCUAGCAGCACUAGCCACAACGUUAUUUCUGUUUGUCCACAAUCGCGACUUGAAUACGAAAUUGAAAGAAAUGGAAGUGAGAAUUCAUCCAGAUAUAACAGCUCAUCAAAUGAUUUCAGUUCAAAGUGGACCGCCAGCUAGACCGCUAACAGGAGUUAGAUCAACAAUGAAGCUUCUAGAGAGCACUGGGGAGAUGUCCUUGUUGAACCCUGAUAACCUGAACAACACCAAGAAGGCCCAGCAGCAGAUCGUGUUCUUCAACCGGGUGCCCAAAGUAGGAUCGCAGACUCUGAUGGAACUGAUACGUCGACUUAGCAUCCGCAACGACUUUGGCUUUCACCAGGACAGAGUUCAAAGGGUGGAGACCAUCAGGUUGUCGCCUGACGAUCAGGCUUCCCUUGGAGCGAUGGUGUCCAGCUAUGAACCACCGGGAGUUUACAUCAAACAUGUCUGCUUCACCAACAUUUCUGAGUUUGGAUUCCCAGAGCCUAUAUACAUCAACCUAGUGAGAGAUCCUAUAGAGAGAGUCAUAUCUUGGUAUUAUUACGUUCGAGCUCCUUGGUACUAUGUCGAGAGAAAAAUCGCUUUUCCAGAUAUUCCAUUGCCGGAUCCAAAAUGGUUGAAAAAGGACUUCGAACAUUGCGUGCUGACAGGCGACAGGGAAUGCCGGUACGUCCAGGGUGAGAUCAGGGAAGGCAUUGGAGACCACCGACGCCAAUCCAUGUUCUUCUGCGGCCACCACCCCGAUUGUCUGCCCUUCAACACAGAGGGCGCCCUUGAAAGGGCCAAAAUGGCGGUGGAGAGGCACUACGCUGUCGUGGGGGUUUUAGAAGAUAUGAACACCACGUUAACUGUGCUGGAGAAUUACAUACCGAGAUUUUUUGAGGGAUCUUCGGAUGUCUAUUGGAAUGAAAUCAGCCGCUAUAACCCCAUUAAUAAGAACUCAUUCAAGCCGCCAGUCAGUGAACAAGUGAAAGACAUCGUGAGACAGAACUUCACAAAGGAAAUAGAGUUCUACGAGUUCUGCAAGCAACGGCUACACAAGCAGUAUCUAGCAUUGAAGUUACCUGACAAACGUUAACCUUAGAUACAAACAACUGAAUUGCUGAUAACUCAACCAAACUACGUUCACGAAUAGAUUGGGAAGCUUUGACAGGUUUUCAGGCAACCUUGGAAUGAAGUGUCCUGUUAUGUGACAUGUCGAACAACUGUUCGUUAGAAGAACUUGCGUGGAUUUUUACCAUCACAUUCCAUACAAAGAUAAGCACCUUCAUAUUUUUAACUUAAAAAGUGACAUUAUUUGGCAUUAUGUAAGAUUUUCAUGUCAUUAUAAGCAAUUUUAAGUGAUCGACCAAUCACAACCGGUCGUGUUUAGUUUUAACUUUUUUAUUUUAGGCGACGCGGUUUGAAACAACUGUCAAAUAAUGACUUGACAAACUGUCCCUUCGUGACGUCACUGUUACUGACAGUUGAGAUUUGAGACCAAUAUUAACCGUUGGUGGUUUUUGUGCGGUUUUGAAUGUCAAAUGUCGACCUAUGAAUAAAACAUAACAUAUUCUUUUGUGCCUUUUGUGUUUGUUUUGUCUGUAAGUUUUCCGUAAGUUAUCAAUGAAAAAAUAAUUGCUACGUUUCAAUGGUGCCAUUGUUUCUUAGCAGAAUUGAAAAAGUAUUUAGGUGCGUUGUUAAUACCACAGUAAAGUAUUUACUUAUUUUGAAUUACAUUUAUAAUCGAUGCCGUUGGACCACAAACAGUUGGGGUAAUGAUCAUGCCCUGUGUUCUGUGUCAGAAGGACAAAUGACAAAAUAAUCAAGGCCAUAACCAAGGAAUAACAGCAGUUUAUCACGGUUCAUCGCUUAAAAUUGCUUUAUGUAGGACUUCAAAUGUCAUCUUGGAAUUAGCUGUCGUUCACUUAAAGUUGCUGUGCGUAUCGACAAAACGUGUUGACACUUUACAGUUGAACUAUAUAGUUUGACUAAUGUGGCCAACAUCUGAUUCAGAGAUGGCACUAACGGAGGUCGUUGUUGCAUUCCUCAAUAGGUGACGCUCACAGCGAGUAGAUCCGAAAUGCUCUUCCGACUACCUAGUACACAAGUUGACAUUAUACCGAUUUUUUUAAUGGUACUGUAAGGGAUUUUAAUAGCGUUAAGUUGAUUUUUUGUAAUACCGCUCCGGGCCACCUUAUUUGGGAAGUUAUUUUCAAUUUUUUCGUGAAUUAAUCAUUAUAAAUUCACGGUAAUUUUCAAUUUCAGCCCUCGUCGAGUCGUCCGACAUUCUAGGAAAAUACAAAAUAUUGUGUUAUACAUAUAUCAAUUCUUUCAAAAAUCUGCUCCAGCUGAUAUUUCCUAUAUAUGUCUAACAUACAAAAUCGAGGAACAUAGAACAUACUAUAUGUAAGCUCUCGAUUAUCCGCAGGGCACACCAAGACUGAGCUUUUUAUAAAAGGUCAGAUUAUGAUAUUUUAUUAUAUAUACAUUAUGUGCAAGUCUACUUAGUUUGAAAAUUGCAUCGAAUCUUCAUUGAUAUGGUCUGUUUGUGGAUAUUCCAUGUGAAACUGAAUACCAAAACUUUUCGAAAUGCGUCUUAAUUGUAGAGGUAAUUCUAUCCAAAUGCUUUGGAUUUUCAGUUAAUAAUUAAGCACUCGACAAGCAAGUAUGUGAAAACUGGCGCCCACGUGGGGAUACUUGAAAACCUUCAAACAGAAGUACAGCAGUUUAUAUGAAUUGCUGUAAAAUAUUAGAUCUCAUUGGUCUAUAAAAGUUGUCUGCGUCUCUUUAAAUAACCUUAUUAUUUUAUGAUGUCUGAGAGACUUCAUUUUCUUUGAUAAUUCGGACGUUGCCAACAUUAGAUAGCAAUUAUUACGUCCUCUGAUUAUGAUUUGCCUCAAUUCAGAGUGCUAUACUGCCGUACUUAGCUAAAAGGAUGUAAAGUGUAGAAAUCGUGAGAAAUUUGAGUUCACAAUUCUGAAUUACGAAAUAAAUAGUAUUACUACAACAGAACAAAAGCGAAUGAAUGUUUCAAACUUACAUAACCUUAUAGAGUCAUCUAAAUGUGAUUUUGGAUCAUGCUUGUUGUUGAGCUCUAAAAUAAAUGACAUUCCAUCUUUAACUUUAAUUGUUGUGAAUCAAAAUGCAGUCACAUGUGAUUUAUUGCUUUUAUACUCUUCAAUAACAGAUGUACUGCCUUUUUUCGUAGUUUUUGUAGUCUAUUGAUAUUAUUUUUCCAAAGGAAAAGCGGAGUAAUGCAGAAUU